AUGGAAUGCACUGAAAACCGUAAGCUUGAGCAGCAUAAUGUCCCUGAUAAGCUCCCAGAAGAGGCUUUGGAGAUCUUGAAGAAGGCUAGCAAGGAGAGAGACCUCGAAGAUUUCCGUGAUGGCUUGAAGAUCUACAGCAAGGCGGUUCCCCUUGCUACCUAUGUUGAUAUUGAGAAGCUUUUGCGCCAGGAGAAGCUCAAUGUCUACUUGAUUGCGCUUGAACGUGAAAUUGGCGAUUGCCACACUGUUGUCAAUCUCCAGGGGAAGCUCAACUGCAAGUAUGUUGUGGGUCUCUACUUCAGUGACAAGCCCCAGCGUAUCAACCUCAAGGAACGCUGGCCUGCCACCCCGGAGGAGAACCUCGAACGUCUUGCUGAGGCUGGUUUCCCUCUUGACCGUCAGAUCCCCAAAUGCUCCAACUGCGGAAUUAUUUCACUGCUAACUAUUUGUCCUCAAGAGAUGGGUCAUAUCAUGAAGAGCUGCAAGGAGGAACUUUCUGUUGUCGAGCGUGUGGAAGUCAAGUGUGUUAACUGCAAACAGCCAGGUCACCGUGCCCGUGACUGCAAGGAAGCCCGUGUCGAUAGGUUUGCUUGCCGUAACUGCGGAAAGGGCGGUCAUCGUUCCAAUGAAUGUACUGAGCCUCGCUCUGCUGAAGGGGUUGAAUGCAAACGCUGCAACGAAGGUAUCAUCAUGAACGCCAACCAACCCAAUCCUUGCAACAAAAGGAAGAAGCUAACGCCUAGGUCUUCAUAG